UUGAAAUAGAAAUAGAAAAUUGAAAUAAAUGGUGCGCAUUAGUGAGGAGCUGGUGCGCAAGAAGUCGGAGCACAAUGAGCGGCUCAUAAGCACGCUGGAGGAGCUGUCGCUGCAUCAGGAGGACAUUGAGUGCAUUGAGCAUUUGCAGAACUGGUGUCGGGACUUGAAGAUUCUGCUGCUGCAAUCGAAUCUCAUUGGGCGGCUGGAGAAUCUGCACAAGCUAAAGCGACUGGAGUAUCUGAAUGUGGCCAUUAACAAUAUUGAACGCAUUGAGAAUCUGGAGGCGCUGGAAUCGCUGCAUAAGCUCGAUCUAACGCUCAACUUUGUUGGCGAGCUGACCAGCGUUGAAUCGCUGAUUGGCAACUAUAAUCUUCGCGAGCUUAUACUGACGGGCAAUCCAUGUGCGGAUUAUCCGCAUUAUCGCGACUAUGUGCUGGCCACGCUGCCGCAGCUUGCAAGUUUGGACUGCAAGGAGAUCUUGCCCUCGGAGCGACUUCAGGCUCAGCGUCAGCUUGUCCACAUUCGUCCCAUUGUGGUGCAAUGCCAAGCUCAGCAGGCCAUGGAGCGUGAUGAGCAGCGUGUGCGCGUAGCCGAGCAGCAAGCAGCGCUGGCCGAGCAAUGCGCCGACAUUGAGGACGAGGAGGAACGCAGUCGCGCCUUUUGGAACGCCAAGUCGGAGCAUUGUCCUGAAAUACGCCGUGAGAUUGCGCGCAUGCAUCGUCUUGGCCGGCAGAAGCAUGAGCCAGCCAGUGCGCAGCUGCUGGAGCCGCUGAAGCGUGUGCCUCAUCUCUUUGCACCUUGCGGUCGUCCCUACAAUCUCAACCAGGCCAAGCUGCCGUUCAAGUUCGAGGAUGAGCCUGGCGAGUAUAUACUGCAUCUGGAGGUCUACAAGCAUCUGGACUCCUCGCUCAUCGAUGUCGACGUGCAGCCAAAUUAUGUGCGCGUCACUGUCAAGCGUAAAAUAUUCCAGAUCGCCUACAGCGAGGAGGUCAAGCCGGAUGAGUCCGAAGUGCAGCGCGCUCAGUUCAGCGGCCAUUUGCUCAUCAAGCUCAAGAAGCUGCAGGCGAAUGAACUGCUCAGCGUCAAGGCCAAGGCCAAGCCCAAGCCAAAGCCAAAGCCUAGCAGCGCUGAAAAGGAACUACAAGGAACUGUGGAUAUCGGCAACAUAAUUCUGCCGCCCGAUUUGCCAGAUCUUAUCUAAAUGGAUUUAAAGAAGACGCGUGUGUAUUUAAAAAUGGUUUAUUUAAAUAAUUUGUUUUUUUUUUUUUUUGUCAUUUGUUUUUUGGGAUUUGUUUCACGUUUGUCUCUGCUGUUGCUCCUGCUCCUGCUGUCAAUUAGUUCAACACAUCAUCACUUUGCGCUGAGCUGACCUCGUGUGUUGCCAAGCUUGCCAGUUGUCAGUAUAUAUAUAUAUAUAUAUAUACUUAAAUAUGUAGUUACAUUUUAUGCAUUCUUGUGUGUGUGUGUGUGUAAACUUAGAUUGUAAUUUAAAAACAUUUUUGCAAAAUCGAAUCGAAACACAAAUAUGUGAAUUUAUACAUAAAAUUAUGUGUUUUCUUUUUCUUUCUUGUUUUCCAUACAUAUAUAGAUAUAUGUGUGGACUGUAAACUGUAACGCAGGUUGUUGCUAAGAUUUACGGAAACCGCUUUUGCCAAAAUAUAAUUUUUAUCUGCAAUGCUACAUAAAGUACACUCAAGUAUAUAUAUCAAAAAAUGUUUUGAAUUUCUUUGCGUAUUUCUUUUUGUCACUUUUGUGUUUUUUAUUUUUUUGAGUUGGUUUUUGUUUUUUGGUAUUCGGUUUAAAUAACUAUGUAUAUGCGAUUCGUUUUCAGAUUGAUUGGCUUUUAUAUUUAUAUAUAUGCACUAAGUCUUAUCUUGAUUGUUGUUUCUUAAAACCAAAAACGUGAAAUACAAAAAUUAUGCGAAUUAUAGAGUUAUCAAGUGGUUCACUUUGUUUGCUACGGUAAACAGGCACUGUAAAUGAAUAAAUCAUUUCUGAAUCAAUAUCAAUUAAGUUUUAAAUUAUUUUUGUUCCAGCUAAUUACUUAAAAUUCAAUUCAA